AUGAUACGCGCUACUAAUAGGCUUGCAGGAUCGCUGUUCUGCGAGAUACGUGCGGGCUCUGUAGUAAACCUCUUCCUGCAUUCAGAACCCCAGGCUCAUACCGGCUUUGCUUAUCGGGAUGAAGGCGGAAACUCACAUUUCACGUGCCGGACCGUGCAAACACGUCAAAGUUCUACUGGAAAUGGUGUUUCCACGAUUUCGUCGAAAUUUCACGAUGCAGAAUCGAACGAUGGGUUUUUGAAGCGGUUCGUAAAGAAGAUGGGCUGGAUUGAUAAUUCUUCGGCAAGAUUGCGUGUGUCCAGCUGUUUGCUGUAUGAAUCCGUCGUUGACAACAUCAACUAUGCGGAGUUUUUCAAACACUUCACCAUGCCGGACACAUUUAAUACCUGGUUUUUGAUCACCGAACUUCACGUGUGGAUGUUGCUAGUUCGUUCGAUGGCGGAAGGCGCCGAAAAAGGAGCUGCGGGUCGGUUUUUGCGUAACUGUAUCGUGGAAACCAUGUGGAACGAUGUGACCACACGCGCCAAACAGCUGACCAUGGAUAAUCCUUCGGUGGUGCGUCCACAAAUACAGCAACUCUCCGAACAGUUCCAGGCUGCCCUAAUAUCGUACGACGAGGGUAUUAGUUACGACGAUAAAGCUCUAGCUGCGGCUCUAUGGCGCAGAUUUUUAGGUGGACGAUGUGAUGAUUAUGAAAAACUGGAGCUUCUGGUCGGAUAUGUACGCAAACAGGUUUCGAUGCUUGAUCAGCUAAGUCGAUACGAUUUUGCCAUAAAGCCAGCAAUCAAAUGGACUCCGCUAAUAGAAGAAAAGCGGCAAACAACGUAA